AUGAGUAUUGCUGCAUAUGCGUAUGAAGCUGACAGAGCUAAACGUUUAUAUUUUGGUCAAUACUCUCUCACACUUACUGACAAAUAUAUUGUUAUUUCUGAUGGAAAUACCGAGAAAUACAUAACAUGGAAGGACUAUGAAAAGUUUGACCCUAUUUUAACUCCAUGCACUAUGCCAUUCAUUGUAAAUGGUGAAGUUGUCAUGAAGAACGACACAACUGUUUAUAGGUCUGUAUAUGAAGCGUUAGAAUAUAUGUUGAAUUAUAAUCCCGAAAGAUUUGACCCAAGCACUACGUCAUGUACAAUGCCUUUUAUUAAGGAUGGUGAAAUCGUAAGAGUUCCGAAUUCAACGGUUUACACAGCUGUUCAAAACAGUUUACAAAACAUUUUAGCGAAUAUCUUUAAUUCAGAAACUACAGAAAUAAAAUUACCAUAUAUAACAGAUGCUAAAGAAAUUAAAUCAAAAACGACAACAUUAUUUACGUCACUUAAUGAUUUAAUGACUUAUAUCAUUAAUAUUCCUGCACCAACUACAGCAUUUGAUCCAAACUCGACGGUUUGCAGUGUACCUUUCAUAAAGUCGCAAACGGACUCUUUGAGUCCUGAAGGUCUUUCAGACCGAAGCGACCAGGGCGAAGCCCAUGACAGUUCAUUAAUUGUUUUAAGGGAUUCAACAGUUAA